UUGUUGUAGUAGCGUAACAGGACAGUCGACAUCUUUGGACUUCGGAUUUCUCAAAAAGGUUAAUUUGAGCGCAAUCCGUUUUUUCCAUGAUAAUUGAUUUGCUGACGCCGUAAACAAUCGGGGAUUUUGGCCGUGGUCUGAAAUUGAGUCGAACCGUCUUGAAAGAUGGCGAGUCCGUACCAGCGCUCGAUUCCGCUGGAGGUGAGGAGAGCGGAAGGAGAGCGUGUCCGGGCCAAGCAUCCCGACAAGAUACCGAUCAUCGUGGAGAGGGCCCAGAGGUCACGUGCUCCCGAACUGGAUAAGAAGAAGUACUUGGUGCCCUCAGAUUUAACAGUGGGCCAGCUGUGUUUUCUCAUCCGCCAGCGCGUGUCGUUGAGACCAGAGGAGGCGCUCUUCUUCUUCGUCAACAACUCCAUGCCGCCCUCCAGCUCUCCUCUCUCUGCAGUCUAUGAGGAACACCACGACGACGACUUGUUUCUCUACCUGACCUACAGCAACGAGAGCGUCUACGGCGCCUGAAGGGGACCAUCACGCCUCCGCGUCGGCGACAACGAGAAAGUGGGGGAGAAGGAAGACGCCGUGAUUGAUAUGCCUACAAUCAUGUAUGCGUAAAACAGGCUAAAGGUGGCAGUUUCAUUUAGUAUUAAAUGUUUACUGUACCGUCUUUUUUUUUUUUGGUUUUGGGUUCCUUUCAUGAUGAUUUUUUUUUUUUAAAGAAAGAAAAGCAAUGGAAAAGUGAAGCUCCCCUUAUCUUUCUCACGUGUAUUUAAUGAACAUAGUUUUGUUUUUAUAAAUGCCGCAAUUAUGGAUUUUUUUUUGGGGGGGGGGUGGAAAAUAAAGAUGACACAAACAUGGUAA